CAGUGAAAGACAAUAAAAACAGAGAACAAGAUCCGAGCACCGGAUGGGACAGGGCGGAGCGGGAGCGUCCCUUGGGCACUGGGCGGGUCUGCGGUGCGAUCGAUCAAGGAAACUUCACUGAAGAUGUCUAAGCAACAGCCAACUCAGUUUAUAAAUCCAGAAACUCCUGGCUAUGUCGGAUUUGCACAUCUUCCCAAUCAAGUUCACCGAAAAUCAGUGAAAAAGGGUUUUGAGUUCACACUAAUGGUGGUCAGUGAAUCGGGUCUUGGAAAAUCAACUCUCAUAAACAGCCUGUUCCUCACUGACCUUUACCCGGAAAUCCCCGGAGCUGCAGAGAAAAUUGAAAGAACUGUCCAGAUUGAGGCUUCGACUGUGGAGAUCGAGGAGCGAGGGGUCAAGCUACGCCUGACAGUGGUGGACGCACCUGGCUAUGGGGACGCCACCAACUGCAGGGAUUGUUUUAAGACCAUCAUCUCCUACAUCGAUGAGCAGUUUGAACGGUACCUGCGACGAAGUGGCUUGAACAGACGGCACAUCAUUGAUAAUAGAGUGCACUGCUGCUUUUACUUUAUCUCGCCCUUUGGACACGGACUUAAGCCUUUAGACGUCGCAUUUAUGAAAGCAAUACACAAUGAGGUGAACAUCGUGCCUGUCAUUGCCAAAGCUGACACGCUCACCCUGAAGGAACGGGAGCACUUGAAGAAGAGGAUUCUGGAUGAAAUUGAAGAACAUAACAUCAAAAUCUAUCAUUUACCUGAUGCAGAAUCAGAUGAAGAUGAGGACUUUAAAGAGCAGACUAGACUUCUCAUGGCCAGUAUCCCAUUCUCUGUGGUUGGAUCCAAUCAGUUGAUUGAAGCCAAGGGCAAGAAGGUCAGAGGCUGCCUCUACCCGUUGGGCGUUGUGGAGGUGGAGAACCCGGAGCACAAUGACUUUCUGAAGCUGCAGACGAUGCUCAUCACCCACAUGCAGGAUCUCCAGGAGGUGACUCAGGACCUUCACUAUGAAAACUUCCGCUCUGAGAGGCUCAAGAGAGGCGGCAGGAAAGUGGAAAACGAGGACAUGAAUAAAGACCAGAUCCUGCUGGAGAAGGAAGCAGAGCUCUGCCGCAUGCAGGAGAUGAUCGCCAGGAUGCAGGCGCAGAUGCAGCUGCAAAUGCAGGGUGGGGACGGUGACAGCGGGGCCCAUGGGCAUCAUGUGUGAGAAAAAGCUUUGCAAGA